CAAAUAAACGUAUAUUCUUCAUUCAAACUGGUCUGGUGUACCAAAACAUGUAUUCCCGUUAUAUGAGAAGUCUAUCCUUCGUCCAAGCCUCUUCUUUGGUGCCGGCAUCAGAACGUUUCUUUCACGCAACAAUACCGACAUUAAAAAAGCGACCAAGAGAUAUAAAAAAGAAGAACCUUGCCAAAAGGCUAGCCAGAUUGGAGGAAGAAAAGGCCUCCAGACCAGAUCCCAUUAUGGGAAUCCCAACCGAGUUUACCAACUCUUUGCUUAGACCUUUGGAAGUAUACAAAGCAGCAACAGAUCCAAAACUCCUUCAGUUCAAUAAUUAUUCAAUUGAUAAAGGUGACGAGAAAAUAGUUUUUGAAAAAUUGCCGCAAAUUUUGGCAAGACAUCCUCAGUCUGAAGACCAAUCAGUCACUGGAUCGGAAAAGGAAACGAUUAUGAAAGCCUUGAUCGGCCUGCACAAUUCGAAUUCACAUUCCAUCAUGACUUACAAUAUUGAUAGAGCAAUAUCGGAAUUUGGGAGGUGCCCGAACGACACGGGAAGCGCGGAGGUUCAAGGUAAAAGUCGAUGUUUUGUGAAUGCAUUCGUUUUUACAAAGAUUAUCUAUCUGAAACGAUCGUCAAUCGCAGCCGCCAUAUGGACCGUGCGAAUUUUAAAUCUCAAUGAACAUAUUAAGACUAAUCGCAAAGAUAAGCACAAUUAUCGUAGUCUACGUUCGAUGGUUCACAAGCGGCAAAAGAUUCUCAAGUAUUUAAAACGUGAGAGUUUGGAAAGAUAUUUUAAUUGCCUAAAAAAAUUAGGAUUGGACCAUAGAAUAAUAGAAAGUCAAAUUGUGAUUUAA